AUGUCGCGCCGCAUGGAUACGACCGACGAUUUCCCUUCAAGGUUACCUCACAAUGCUCCGAGUUCUACAAGCGGCGACGAGGAUACUCAGCACGACGCCAUGUUCACGCUAAACACCAGGCGCAAGGUACGGCGAAAGACUGUGACGACAAACGACGCGUUGCGAGCAAACAGAGCCCAAUCCGUCUCUGAAUCGGCAUUUGGAACUCCAAGUCCUGGAAACCAACCACUAUUGCUCAUCGACCCCGGGCUCGGUGCGCAGACAAACUACGUUGACACCGCGACUGCCGACAAUGCUAUCUCUCCUCGUCGUACAUCUAAUCGAAUUGCCAGUAUUGCGUCAUCGAAGCACAUCGACAAUCAACCGGGUACAUCAGGCGCACGUUUGGGCUCGGGACGUGGCAGAGGCUUACCGCGAACGUUGACUUUACCGACUCAACUUAGCGAUACGCUGGAACGAAUGAGAAUCUCUACUGAGGAUGUUUCGACACUAUCUAUGCCUUCUACCAAUUCACCCUCGCGACAGAGCUCGAGCACGCCCUUUUGUCCAGAAGAGAGCAGAGUAGGAAUGGAGAUUGAUGAAGGAAGUGGGGUUGGGAAACUCAAGAAAAAGUCGGUUACGACGUCUCGACGGCCUGCGACUCGUCGGCGUGCACGUUCGCUACCGCCUCGCAAAAAGGAAGAGGUAUCCGACUGCGAUGCAGAUGACGAAGGAGGUGGCACGGGGCUCGCUGAAGACGAAGAAGAGACGAUUGCCGUGGCGCCGGUCGUUCCAAUUGCUCGUCAGAGUUCACGAGCGCGGCAGUCGUCGCCGGAUGUCGAGUUGCAGAUGCAAGACGAAUCUACAUCGAAUAUGGGUAUAAGAAAGGCGCCGAUACCUCUGCGAAGGUCUGCGAGGAGGAAGACGCUUGGUACGAUAGAUGGCGCUCAGGUCGCGUUGGCCAUCAACCCUCUACUUUUACAGACUAUCGCAGGUUCAUCUACGGCGCGAAAACGGUCGAGAGGGAGAGAUAGCGUACCACCGCCCGAGAGUUCCGGGAGGACGAACAAGAGGACGAAAAAGGAGUAG